UAUUUGUGUUCAAGUCGGCGUAGCUUUUAAAUACGAAAUUUUUGGCACCUCAAAUUUCAUUUUAGUUAUAGCCCACUCAGCUAAAAAUGUCCGAUUCCACCGUGUGCUUCUCUAAGCACAAGAUCGUGCCGGAUAUCCUGAAGACGUGUCCUGCCACUUUGCUUACGGUAACUUAUGGUGGUGGACAGGUGGUGGAUGUGGGCGGUGAAUUGACACCCACGCAGGUGCAGAGCCAGCCAAAGGUGGAGUGGGAUGCAGAUCCGAAUGCCUUUUACACGCUCCUCCUGACCGAUCCGGAUGCGCCCAGUCGCAAGGAGCCCAAGUUCCGCGAGUGGCACCACUGGCUGGUGGUCAAUAUUCCAGGGAACCAAGUCGAGAAGGGCGUGGUUUUGACCGAAUAUGUGGGUGCAGGUCCGCCGCAAGGCACGGGACUUCAUCGUUACGUCUUCCUGAUCUACAAACAACCCCAAAAGCUCACUUGCAACGAGCCCAAAAUCCCAAAAACAAGCGGCGACAAGCGAGCCAAUUUCAGCACCUCCAAGUUUAUGAGCAAGUACAAGCUGGGGGAUCCCAUUGCCGGGAACUUUUUUCAGGCACAGUGGGACGACUAUGUGCCCAAGUUAUACAAGCAACUAUCUGGCAAGAAGUAGUAUCUUUCUUCUCAUAAUUAGGCUCCCAAAUCCCCACAAAGCAUGCUGUAAAGAACAAGAAUCAUGUAGAAACAGAUAAAUGUAUAAAUAUCUAUAUAUAUAUUUAAAAAGUAUAUAUUUUUUUCAAUCCAGUUCCUAUAAUUAUCCAAUUACCAAAUGAUAUAUUUUGCAAACGUAAUCUCCGAAGCGAAACUUUAAACAAAGAUAACUUUAAUUACUGAGCAUAUUUUUUCCCAGCUGUUUACUAAACAAAAAGCUUCGAGCUUUGCUUUUAAAGUAUGGCAUCAUGGCAAACUGGUUCCAGUUGCUGACCCACCUUGUUCGAAAGCGGAGCUCCUUUAUAUUGGUUUGCUCAAGAUCUUAUCAUCUACCAAAUAAUCUCUCCACAAAGAUGCUGCGAGUGCUAUUGCCAUUGGUGUGCUGCCUACUGGCCGUUAAAGCUGGCUCCGUGGAGGAGGUUUUCAGAUCCCACCAGGUGGUCCCCGACGUUAUUCCCGAGCCGCCGAACCAGUUGUUAAAGGUCACGUACAGCAACAACCUGGUGGCCAAGGAUGGUGUGGAGCUAACGCCCACGCAGGUUAAGGAUCAGCCAGUCGUGGAGUGGGACGCUCAGCCCGGGGAGUUCUACACCCUCAUCAUGACGGAUCCCGAUGCCCCCAGCCGAGCGCAGCCCAAGUUCCGUGAGUUCAAGCACUGGAUCCUCGCCAACAUCGCCGGCAAUGACUUGGCGAGUGGUGAGCCCAUC